AUGAAUAAAGGGACACCAAAUAAAGAGUCUUCACAAAAGCCUCAAAAUAGGAAACGGUCCCCUAAAUUUUCUCAAUAUGACCGGCCUCUUCCAUACUUGGAUGUCGUCAAGCUCCCUCCGUUAGUCCCAUACAAUCCCUUUUCCUGGCUCAACUACGCCGUGGAAUACUUUUUCCCCUGCCCACCCCCUGCACCUGCACGCCGGCUGGAGGCCCGCAUUGAGCGUGCGGGUCGUGUUGUUGUUGUUCGAGUGGACAAUGGGAGCGACCAGGCACGGCUCUGGCGCGAGGGAUUUUUCGGCAAGGGCGUGUAUAGUAGAAGUGAUCCUGCGUGGUUUGCGCGGACGGCGCGGCGGCUGGAUCUGGCUGAAGCGGCGGAGCUUGCGUUGACUGCGGAGGAGCGGACGACGCUGCGUAGACUAGAGCGCGCACGCUUUAAAGAGGAGCGUGCGCGCUUGGAAAACGAGCGGCUCGACCGAGUCCGACGUAGAGAAAUGGGCGAGGACGUGGAGCUGCUCCCGGACGAUGCUAAAGUCGACCGUGCUUUGUUUACCAAUACUGGUGCAUCAAUAAACUCUGAGUUUAUUGACAAGCGCUCGGAAGACGAGUUGCUGCUGGACGAAAAUGGCAAGUUGGUGUCAGUGGAGUACGUACAACUCAUGCCCUACGAGGCCAUCUUUUUGUCUGAGUUUCUUCAUGUGUUGGAUAUACGCCUGGGAGACGAUAGUGACGAACCGCUCCAUGGCUGGGACCUGGUGCGUGCACUGUUGCCUGCAGGCGAGUCUAUUUCAGUACUAAUUGCAAACUAUGCAGCUUAUCACUCAUUCCGAGCCAAAGGCUGGUGCGCCCGGUCUGGUGUCAAGUUUGCAAGUGAUUUUGUCUUGUACCGUCGAGGCCCACCAUUCACUCAUGCAGACUUUACAGUCACCGUACACCCCGUUGUGCCUGAGGAAUCGCAGGGCGAUCACCGGUGGUACGACGCUACACGCACAGGCCGUGUUGUAGGAGGUGUGAAAAAGACCAUGUUGUAUUGCUACGUGGAGGUGCCAUCGCAAGACGCUUUUGACGGGUCACUUGCCAUACGCGAGGUGCUUGAGAGGUGCAAAGUCACCACUGUGUCACACAUUCGGUGGCGGCCCAUGAAGUGUCGCGAUUAG